AUAGAUCAAAUGCUUAACGUGGGAAGUGAUCAGCAGAUUAAUCGCGGAUGGGUUUUUGACUGAGCAGUCUGAAACACGUUGUUCCCGUGUGAGCUGAACUAACAACAGUGUGGACUGCCUGACUUUAUGAAAGCGGACUCUCUCCAGCGGUUUGACUCUGCGGAAGCUCCAGCACUCAGCAAACUUCUUCCCGGGAGGAGUCUCUCCUGCUCGCCUUUGUUCGCAUCCAGCCAGCCCGCGUCUCUGAGCCGCACGCUGCCGCGCUGUGUUUAACGGAGACGCUCCCCGACGUCCGUAGGAUGUUGUAGGCCUACUAUUGAUUUCAGUGUGCCUGUUACUCCUGCGCUCCCCUCCCCUCCUCCCCUCCUCCCCAUCGCAUUCACGCUUCCCACCUCCCCUCAGCCUCUCUCGCGUCUUCCCCGGACUGCAGCAGAGAAACCGCUGCAUCGAAGAAGACAAGAAAGCAGAAAUCUCGGCGCGAUGCCUCCGAUCUCCGCUGCUGUGUAGAGACACCAGGGAGACUCCCCCGGCGCGGUGCGAUGCGUCUGCUCCUCCGCAGAUUGCUCAUGGUCUCUUCUGCUGAGCUCUGACACACUGAGGAUCUUUCCAUUUUGGGAUCAACUGUCUCCAUUUCAGCACUGUCUAACUACUCCCAUCCAAUGGAAUUAGACAUCAUUACUUAAUCAUUUCCAGUUUCCUGGCAGCCGACUGGCUUUUCAGCACUAAUAAACUGCCUUAAGUCUUGCACCGUUUGGGAUUAGAAAACCAGAAAGAAAGAGAGAAUAGUUAAUUUACAUUUGUAGCACCUGUUGGAAUAAGUAUUGAUAGAGCUGCACUGAAAGGCUUUUAGUGCUGUCUAACCUUGUGCCAAGAUGGAUGAAACACAUAACAACAGGACUUCCUUGGUUAAAGGAGCCAAGGACAUCGCUAAAGAAGCCAAGAGGCAAGCUUCCAAAAAUUUCAGCAAAGCUGUUGAUCGUGCCUCAGAUGAAUACUCAGUCCAUCGCAGCUACAACCGUUUCCAGAAUGAGGAUGAAGAAGAGAACAACUACAAUACUUACGCUCAUCAAGACGGUCUCUAUGCUGACAACGCAGCCAACGACGAGGACGGGGCCUCUAGCGACGCCACGGAGGGCCACGACGAUGAAGAUGAAAUCUACGAGGGGGAGUACCAAGGUGUGCCUGCCUACAAUGAUGGGAAGUCGCGGGACGGUCAGGUGGCUCUGGGACAGCCGGUUUCUGACAGCCUGAAGAGCCGCAAGGAGCUAGAAAAUGAGAGACAGGCAGACGAGGAGGAGCUCGCCCAGCAGUACGAGCUGAUCAUGCAGGAGUGCGGCCACGGGAGAUUCCAGUGGCAGCUGUUCUUUGUGCUCGGGCUGGCGCUCAUGUCAGACGGCGUGGAGGUGUUCGUUGUGGGUUUUGUCCUGCCCAGUGCUGAGACAGACAUGUGCGUCCCCAACUCUGGUGCCGGAUGGCUCGGUAGUAUUGUGUACCUGGGGAUGAUGUUCGGAGCCUUUUUCUGGGGCGGCCUGUCGGACAAGGUGGGCCGUAAACAGUGCCUGCUGAUAUCCAUGUCUGUCAAUGGCUUCUUCGCGUUCCUGUCCUCCUUCGUCCAGGGCUACAGUAUGUUCCUCUUUUGCCGCAUGGUGUCUGGCUUUGGGAUUGGUGGAGCAGUACCAAUAGUAUUCUCGUACUUUGCGGAGGUGUUGGCUCGGGAGAAGAGAGGAGAGCAUCUGAGCUGGCUGUGCAUGUUCUGGAUGAUAGGAGGGAUUUACGCCUCGGCCAUGGCCUGGGCCAUCAUCCCACACUAUGGCUGGAGUUUCAGCAUGGGCUCAGCCUACCAGUUCCACAGCUGGAGAGUGUUUGUGGUGGUGUGUGCGCUGCCGUGUGUCUCUGCAGUGGUGGCUCUCACUUUUAUGCCUGAGAGCCCUCGCUUCUACCUGGAGAUGGGUAAACAUGACGAGGCCUGGAUGGUGCUCAAACACAUCCAUGACACCAACAUGAGGGCCCGUGGAGAGCCGGAGAGAGUCUUCACUGUGAACAGGAUAAAAAUCCCCAAACAGCUGGACGAGCUGGUGGAGAUGCAGAAUGAGUCAGCCAACCCUGUGCUCAAGGUCCUCUUCAAGAUCAAAGCUGAGCUCAGAGGAAUCUGGUUGACUUUUAUGAAAUGCUUCAACUACCCAGUGAAAGACAACACUGUAAAACUGGCUGCAGUCUGGUUUACUCUGUCUUUCGGGUUCUACGGGCUCUCUGUGUGGUUCCCGGAUGUCAUCAAGCACCUUCAGGCCGACGAGUACGCCUCCAGAGUGAAGAUUCACAACAACGAACGCAUCGAAGACUUCACCUUCAACUUCACCCUGGAGAACCAGAUCCACCGGAACGGGGUCUUCCUCAACGACAGGUUUAUCAGCAUGAAGUUCAAGGCGGUCACGUUCAUCGACUCGUCUUUCCUCAACUGCUAUUUUGAAGAUGUCUCCUCCAUCGGAUCCUUCUUCAAAAACUGCACCUUUGUGGACUCAUUCUUCUACAACACAGAUAUUGACGACACCAAACUCACGAAUUCAAGGGUGAUCAACAGCUCCUUCCACCACAACAAGACAGGCUGUCAGAUGACGUUCGACGAUGAUUACAGCGCCUACUGGGUCUAUUUUGUCAACUUCCUGGGAACGCUGGCUGUGCUGCCCGGAAACAUCGUCUCUGCCCUCCUCAUGGACAAAAUAGGACGCCUUAGCAUGUUAGGAGGCUCCAUGGUGCUGUCAGGCAUCAGCUGCUUCUUCCUGUGGUUCGGCACCAGCGAGUCCAUGAUGAUCUUCAUGCUCUGCCUCUACAAUGGCCUCAGCAUCUCUGCCUGGAACUCCCUGGACGUGGUCACCACCGAGCUGUACCCGACAGACAGGAGGGGCACGGGCUUCGGCUUCUGUAACGCCAUGUGUAAGCUGGCCGCCGUGCUGGGCAACCUCAUCUUUGGCUCGCUGGUUGGCAUCACCAAAGCGAUCCCCAUCCUGCUGGCAUCGUCUGUGCUGGUUAGCGGUGGGCUGGUGGGGCUCCGCCUGCCAGACACACGCGCCAACGUCCUCAUGUAAACCUCAACACACACGGAGCAGUUGUGUGUUGUUUACCAGGUGUUUACUCGCUUUCCUGAUUAACCGAUCACAUAUGGACUGCGAUUUGUUUGGGUAUCACUGGAACAAGCUGCUUGCUGUCAUCCCUCUGGUGUUUAUUAUUUGAUAAAUAAUGCUGAAUACACUCACGACCACAAAUACAAGACAAGUGGUUGUUACUCUUGUUAUUUCAGAGUAAAAUACCUGGUAAAUAACCAAUGAUAAUGAAAUGCAGUUUAACUUGGCAAUGAGCUGUAGAUAUAAGGAGUUUGCAGGAAUUCAAGAUGAAAAAAGUGACCAUCAGUGGCGGGAAAAGUAAAAUCUGCAGCUCUUUAUCUCCCGUGUGCUGUUUCACACGUGCAGCACACAAAUGCAUGUGUCAAAGCUGCAAAAGGCUUGGACUUCCGCCUCUAAAUCCUGCUCAGUCCUCCUCAAAUCAAACGAAUACUUUGACAUUUUGGGAAAUAAAGAUAAAUACACCAGCCAUCAGGUUAGCUUAGCCUAAAGACUGGAAGCAUCUCUAAAGAUCCCUCAUUGACAAGUCGUAUGUUGUUCGCGCCUGUUUUUGUGGUAUGGAUUAAACGUCUGAGAUGUAGCGUGUUAAACAGUGAACUUUAGAGGUGCUUGUAGGUGGGUUUGAUGACCUCCAAACUGAACCAGGUGAGCUGUUCCAGUCUUUGUGCUAAGCUAAGCUGUUAGCUGUGUGAGUGCGGUAUUGAUCUUCUCCUGUAACUCCCUGCCAAGAAGUGUGUGCAGUUUAUCAAAAAUGUCAAGCUAUUCCUUCAAACACGUUUGUGUGUGCUUACGCUCGUUUGUGUGUACGUCUGUAUAUUUAGUCAUUUAUGUUAUUUACUGCUUCCCCAGCGCGCUUUAGUGUGUGUAGGCCGGAAACUGAAGGCGCUUUCGGCCUCUUGUUUCAGCAUCCCGCUAUAGCGUUGACGACGUUCAAGCCUUUCGCUGCAACGUGCGAGACUGACAUGGCCGCAGAAGAAAAUAGCCACCGACGAUAGCGUAGCGUAGUCACAACCGGCCACGCCAGCAGCUACAUUUCUAAAGUGAAAAGAAGUUUACAUUUUCUGCUUUUUACAGUCAGAGACUUUGGAGAUCGGAAACCUUUUUGUCCUUCCCGUCUCCCUCUCUCGUGUGUCUGUGUUGCGUUCGUCUCGUGGCGCCGGGCUCGCCGUGACGGGCUUCGCUCUCCGUUGCUGUCGAGAAGAAUUUAUACUGUGCUGUUGUGGUCUUCUCCUUGUUUCUGUCUCUCUCUCUGCGUACCCGUCUCACUGUCUCGGCUUCCUCCUCGUGUCUCCCAUCGAGUCUUGUCCUCGCGCUCUGCUUAUCCCCUCCUGCCUGGCUGCUGCUGCUGCUGCUGCUGCUCCCUCCGAAACUCGAAGGCCUUUCUCUAAUGUCGUGCCUCUUUCUCCGUCCAUUGAGCCCGUCUCUCCUUCCAAACCUCGCUGGAAGCUUUGCUGCUCUGUCCUGCUUUUUCUUACUCAUCUCUUGAUACUGCAGUGUGUAUCUAUGUGUGUGUGAGAGAGAGAGAGAGUGUGUGUGUGAAGAUAAAAUGGCCAUCUGAUGUGUAGAAAGUCCAGUUUUGAUUUGUUUUUCUAUGCCAAGGAGCCGGCAGGGGCUUGGAGGAUUUGAACUACAUGAUAAAGUGAAAAUAAAAGCCAUGCUUAAAGGAUCAGUUCACACCCCUCCC